UUCCAUUUUGAUUCCUCAAUUUCCCUCCAUCAAAAGAAUAUCCAUUCAUUUUUUGUGCCAAGAUUCUUCCCUUAAAAAUCCACAAACCCAUUUCAUAUCAAAUUUACCAAUUCCAUCUUUUAAAUAUUAAUUACCCUAUAUUACACUCUUUCACCAAUUCCUUCCUUUCAUCAUGAACUCUUCUCUCUCUAUAAAUUCCUCUCUCUCUCCUCCUUUUCUCUCACCUCACUCCACCACCCUUUCUUCAUCAUCAUCUUGUUCUUAUUCCUUUUCCUAUUCAUCCAAUUUCAAUCCUCAAAGUUUUGUUAGAUUUACAUCUUUUCGAGCACAACCCAUUACACCCUUUUGCAAAAAGGUUCGAUUUUGGAACUUGGAAGGGAUUGAGAGUGUGAAGAGACGAAAAAGUUUGAAGCUUGAAGCUACUACGAAAAUGACCAUUGAUGAAGAGAGUUUGUUGAAUGUUAGAGAUGAAGAAGAGGGUCCUCCUGACUCUGUUUUGAAUGACCAUGAGAGUAAUUCUAAACCUCGUAGAAUUGCUUUGUUUGUUGAGCCUUCUCCUUUUUCAUAUGUCUCGGGAUACAAGAAUCGUUUCCAGAAUUUUAUAAAGUACCUCAGGGAAAUGGGAGAUGAGGUCUUGGUUGUAACAACACAUGAAGGAGUACCUAAGGAAUUUUAUGGAGCACAACUAAUUGGAUCGAAAAGUUUCCCGUUUCCUUGGUAUCAGAAGGUACCACUCUCUUUGGCACUUAGUCCAAGAAUAAUAUCAGCAGUUGCGCAAUUUAAGCCCGACAUAAUUCAUGCUUCAUCCCCCGGAAUAAUGGUUUUUGGUGCUCUUAUCAUUGCAAAGCUUCUGUCAGUUCCUAUUGUCAUGUCGUAUCAUACUCAUGUACCAGUAUACAUUCCAAGAUACACAUUUAGCUGGCUAGUGCAACCGAUGUGGUUGGUUCUAAAGUUUCUGCAUAGAGCAGCCGAUCUAACUCUAGUGCCAUCGGCUGCCAUUGCAAGGGAUCUUGAAGAAGCUAGAGUAACAGCAGCUAACAAGAUUCGUCUUUGGAACAAGGGUGUUGAUUCUGAAAGUUUCAAUCCUCGAUACAAGUCACAUGAAAUGCGAUUGAGACUGAGCAAUGGUGAACCGGAGAAGCCCUUAAUUGUUCAUGUCGGACGACUUGGAGUUGAGAAGAGUUUAGAUUUUCUCAAAAGUGUCAUGGAUAAGCUUCCUGAAGCACGAAUCGCGUUUAUUGGAGAUGGACCUUACAGGGAGGAGUUGGAGAAAUUGUUUGAAGGCAUGCCUGCAGUAUUCACAGGAAUGUUAUCAGGUGAAGAAUUAUCUCAAACAUACGCUAGUGGCGAUGUCUUUGUUAUGCCGUCAGAGUCCGAGACACUUGGUCAAGUUGUCUUGGAGGCUUUGUCUUCCGGGAUUCCUGUUGUUGGAGCACGUGCCGGUGGAGUACCAGACAUAAUCCCCGAAGAUCAAGAAGGCAAAAUCGGAUACCUAUACACUCCAGGUGAUCUCGACGAUUGUUUAAGCAAACUAGUACCUCUGUUGCACGACAAAGAGUUGAGAGAAACGAUGGGAAGAGCCGCACGUAUAGAAAUGGAGAAAUACGAUUGGAGGGAGGCCACUAGAACGAUUCGCAACAAUAAUUACAACGCUGCGAUUUGGUUCUGGCGCAAGAAGAAAGCUCAACUAUUGUUACCGUUCCAAUGGCUAACGAAACGUAUUUUCCCGUCAGAUGUAGUAGAUAACGGAAAACCGACUGAAGUUGUAAUAGAUAAUGGAAAGCCGAUCGUAUAAACUUUGGGAAGAUUCCUUAGGCCUCAAGAAAGAUUGAAGUCUUGUUGUAUUAGACAAAUGUGUGAUUGGUUUAUUGUAAUGCAUUCAUUUGCUGUGUAUAUAGUGGAUCAACAUUUGUGCUAGCUUGUGCCAUAUUUUGUAGCAUUAUAAUUUAUAAUGUAGAUUUAAGGUGAAUGUUGAUUCAUAUUGUUAUGCAAUGUAAGUCACAUUUGGGCAGUUUGUUAGUGAAUAAUCCAUUCAAGUUUUUGGAACACAAA